AUGGAAAUUAACAAAUUGGAGAGCUUAGUGAUCUUAAAUCUCUCCCACAAUUAUCUUUCUGGUUUCAUUCCAAAAGCAUUUGAACAAAUGCAUGGCUUGUUGUAUGUUGACAUAUCUUACAAUGAGUUGCAGGGAUCCAUUCCUAAUAACAACACAUUUCAAGCAUUACAAGGGAACAAGGGAUUGUGUGAAGAAAGACAUCUAGAAUCCAAACAAAUCAAGACCAAGGGCCAAGUACUGUUUCUUUCAACAUUACAAUUCAAUGGAAGAACAUUGUAUGAUGAAAUCAUAAAAGUGACCAAUGGUUUUGAUGCUUUAUACUACAUUGGGAAAGGAGGACAAGGAAUUGUCUAUAAAGUAGAGCUAACUUCAGGUGAUAUUGUAGCCGUGAAGAAAUUCAAUCAACCACUGCAUGAUGCUGGUGAGAACAGAUUUCAAAAGGAGUUCUUGAAUGAGAUAAGGUAUCUAGAGAGGGGUAGCUUGUCCCUAAUCUUGGGCAAUGAAGAUACUGCUAAAGUAUUGGGCUGGAAUCAGAGAUUGAAUAUUGUUAAAGGUGUGGCAUAUGCCAUGUCUUACAUGCACCACGAUUGCUCCCCUCCGAUUAUUCAUCAUGACAUAUCAAGUAGCAAUAUCUUGCUGGAUUCUCAAUUUGAGGCUCAUGUUUCAGACUUUGGGUCUGCUAAGCUUUUGGAGCUAGACUCAUCCAAUUGGACUUCCCCUGCAGGCACUUAUGGAUAUAUUGCACCAGUCAUUAGAGGACAACAUCCAGGUGACUUCAUCUCCUCACUAUCAAUGCCGACAGCUAUGGAGAACAUGCAGGUGAAAGAUGUGUUGGACCAACGGCUUCCAUUUCCAGUAGCUCAAGUUGAGAAUGAACUUAUAAUAGUUGUACAGCUAGCCAUGAAAUGCUUAAAUGUCUAUCCCCAAUCAAGGCCAACAGUGCACAUGAUUUCUCAAGUGUUAUCGACCAAUACUGCACAUUCCUAG